AAUCCCUACACCUGCCUGUCAAAAAUCUUUCCGCUCUUUCUCAAAGCCGCGGUUGAGUUUCGCGAUAUUCACCUGCAUCAGCUGAUUGUAGUCGUCCCAAAAACAGCUCUAACUCGUUGGGAACUCGACUGCUGUCGCUGCACUUGUUUGCUUGUUAGCUACAUAUAAGCUGACAGAAGAGGCCGAGGUUGCCGUAGUGUAGUAAGCACUAGCUGUUAGCCAGACAACGAUAGAGGCCACCGCUUCCGUAUAACGGAAUCAAGCUAGGCUUCAACCCAGUAAAACGGUUGUGGCCCCACUGUGGAUUCCCUGGAUUGGACCGGGGAGGAGGCAGUCGUAGGCAGAGCAGGCGCCACGUGAAGUGCGGUUUCGACUUCCCCUAUGAGUAGCAGCACCGGUCAGAGAGCACCACGGACCCGGGCGGCGAAGGCAGGCCAGGGGGCAGGGGGGACAACGACAUGGACCCCUCAGGACCAGAGUGUGGACCCUUCAUACAGGCCUACUACCACUGCAGGCCCAACGUCAGCCUGCAGUGGUGGGGGGAGUUCCUGUGUCCUGAGUAAGCUGAUCCAACUGCCGGCUGCGCCGCUGUCGCGCCACCAGCUGAAGAAGUUAGAGGAGCACAGAUACAGCAGUGCAGGCCGCUCACUUCUGGAGCCCUUCAUGCAGCACUACUGGGAGUGGCUAGUGGCAUGUGUGCCGGCAUGGAUCGCCCCCAACCUCAUCACUAUUGUGGGCCUGGCCAUCAACAUUCUCACCACAUUGGUGCUGGUGUACUACUGCCCCACUGCCACUGAACAGGCACCGCUGUGGGUGUACCUGUCUUGUGCAGUGGGCCUCUUCAUCUACCAAUCACUGGACGCCAUCGAUGGGAAACAGGCACGGCGCACCAAUAGCAGCACCCCACUGGGAGAGCUCUUUGACCAUGGCUGUGACUCCCUUUCAACAGUGUUUGUGGUCUUGGGCACCUGUAUCGCCGUCCAACUUGGAACUAACCCCGACUGGAUGUUCUUCUGCUGCUUCGCCGGCAUGUUCAUGUUCUACUGUGCUCACUGGCAGACCUACGUGUCAGGAACCCUGCGCUUUGGCAUGAACAGCCACAACAAGGACAAGGGACGAAUGUCCUGGGACAUUGAUGUGACUGAAGUGCAAUUCUUCAUUAUAAUCAUGUAUUUGCUGGCUGCCAUCGGAGGACCAGCUUUUUGGCAGUUCUUGAUCCCUGUGGUGAACAUCCAGAUUAAGAUAAUUCCAGCCAUCCUCACUGUGGCGGGAGCCAUUUUCUCCUGCACCAACUACUUCCGGGUCAUAUUCACGGGAGGAGUAGGAAAGAACGGAUCCACCAUUGCGGGAACGAGUGUCCUGUCGCCGUUUUUCCACAUAGGGUCAGUCAUCGUUCUGGCCGUCAUGAUCUACAAGAAGUCUGCGUCCCAGCUGUUUGAGAAGCACCCCUGUCUCUAUGUCCUGGCCUUUGGGUUUGUGUCGGCCAAGAUCACCAACAAGCUAGUGGUAGCUCAUAUGACGAAAAGUGAGAUGUAUCUCCAUGACUUGGCUUACCUGGGGCCAGGGCUGCUCUUCUUGGACCAGUAUUUUAACAGCUUCAUAGACGAGUACUUGGUCCUCUGGGUGGCACUGUUCCUGUCCAUCUUUGAUCUAGUGCGCUACUGCGUUAGCGUCUGCAACCAGAUCGCCUCUCACCUGCACAUCUUCGUGUUCAAGAUCAAACCCCCCAACCUGCGGUCCGCCUCUGCCUCCCGGUCAGGCAAAGACGUCUGGUGUAACUGGUCUGGAGACACUACUGACAGGUGGUGACACCGUCCGGCUGGAGCUGGUGGAAUUACCUCAACCGCCUCCCCCUUGUCUCCACAGGGUUCCCAUUGGAUGAGACGAAUUGGAGGCAGUCUUUCUACGAAUGUAUAAUGCUGCGUUCACAACAUCUCGUCAUUUCGUAAAUACCAGCAUACAACUGGGAAAAAUCCACUUGAACACCCCUCCAACUGGUAAUUACUAGUGGGAAACUAUCAUCCCUGUUCUCAGUUUCCCACUUGCAACUCUCUGACAUCAUUUGUCAACAAACAAGACAGCAAGCUUGGCGGUAUUUUCAGCAGUUGUUGUUUAUGGUAAGAACAAAAUACAAAUUGUUAAUACAAGAUUGAUUCUGUUAAUCUUCCUUUAGAUUUAGAAAGUGAAACGAGCUCUGGAUAUACUUUUUAUGGGCAAAAAAUAGCGAAACAAUCACAAGCCUUCUAAUGACCUCCAUGUUUGAUAAUAUUUCCCAGUUCAAAACGUGAAUACACCCAACUCAUAUUUGUGACUUUUCAACUGAUAAUUACUACCUUCCCAAUUGGUUAUGAACGCAGUAUUAGCCAAUUAAAUUAUGAAUACAUUGAGGGUGGGGAAAAUAUUAGAUUUUUUUUAAUGAAGAUCAUUUAUUUGUCUGGUGUGCAAUAGUGAUCCGUUUUUGCAGAUGUGUGGUGUAAAAGGUUCCUAGCCGAAGAGGAGAAUGAGAGAUACGUUUUCUGUUGAGGUUUAGUUUGUCAUUAAAGAAGAAUUUGGUUAUUUGGUAACAAACUAUUUGAGAUUUAGAAGUUAUCUAACCAAAGGUUAUGGAUAGGGGUUAAUGUUGCUUACUAUAACCAUGCUACCACUAUCCAAAUGCACUAAAAAUAAAAUGUUAUCCAUAGGAAGGAGCAGGUUAUACCUAACCAAAUGAUAUACUUAGCUAUGAGAAAAACGCGUACAGUGUAUUCACGUGUUUCUGUCUGAGCAAUAUGAAUGACUUAAAUGCCUGUCUGUUCUUUCAGUAUUGGUACUUGUUCAGCACAUCUAUGUACAAUUCCCACCUGUAUUCCACUCCAGAGAAAAAUGCUAGUUCUCUGUUUUAAGGUGUAGCGCAGAGUAUUUCUUCAUAAUAUUUCUGCAUUCUGUAUGAACCAUCUGAAAAGCUGUCAUCAUAGAUUGCGGAUUGCAUUCAGUGGAAGAACACAUGGUCAUGAACGAAGACUGCCUUGCAUUUCUGUUAUUGAUCCUAUGCCAUCCUUGUCCUGAAUAGCCUACAUCAGGGGUUUUCAACUCUUACCCUAUGAGGUCUAGAGCCUGCUGGUUUUCUGUUCUACCUGAUAAUGAAUUGCACACAUCUGGUGUUCCAGGUUUAAAUCAGUCCCUGAUUAGAGGGGAACAAUGGAAAAAAGGCAGUGGCUACAAGGUCCAGGCUUGGGUUUGAGGGUCAUGCAUGAUCUAUGAAUUGUAUUAUGUUCAAUAAGCCCCAAACAAGGGGACCAUUGUCUCAUCAUAAUUACAUGAUAUGGCUGCAUACUUCAUUUUGUCCCAUGUGAUUGCAGUACAAAUGGACCUGCAUUAUACUACUGUUUCUGAGAGAUGGAACACAGUUCCUGCUGUAUGCUUCCAGUUAACUUGUGCCAUAUGUGAUGCAAGUCAAUGGAGCACUUCUCGUUAUCUGUUACAUGCGUUCAGACUCUUAACUGUUAGGAAUCUAGCUCAUCAUUUAUGAUAUUCAAGCAACAGUUAUGAGUAUGUGUUCUGUCCACCGCAAGUCAUUUUUGUCACCAUGGAUGACAAAAAAAUAUGUUUGGAAUGUUUUAGUGAUAGGUGUUACUCCAACCUCCUCACACUCCUUUUACAAUAUUCAUCUGUUUUUUCUCUUUAAUUUUUUAUAUAUAUAUAUAUAUAUAAGAUUCAUUCAACUGUGUUGCUUUUUAGUUGAGCUUUAGUUAUACUGUAGCAUUGAUGAAAUAGGAGUCGGGUCAGGCUGGCACCAGUGUUACAAUCGGUUCCUCCAAGUGGUGAUGUAUGUGAAAAAUGCAAUAGUCGGUAUGCAGCAGUUGCCUUAAAUGCUAAGUAUUUGCAUUAGAUGGGAAGGUUUCAAAAUGACUGCCUGAAAAGGCUAGUGUUAGACCUAAGUGUUGUGCUAUGAAUGCUUCAUUAGUAACUGAUGAAUACAAUGAAGGGUAUGUUUAGAUGUUCUCUUCCACUCCCUGAUGUUACCCCUACUCUUCCACUCCAACUCCCCCACAGCAACACUGGUGUCAUGGCAGCUGCAUCUCUCUCUGUUCAUAGUUAGUGUACUUUGGUCUGUUAAACAAUAGCCCAUCAGUUAACUCUCUGUGUGGAACAGUUCAAUCCACCCAUUUUGUAUGGGGUCUUAUCAUUAACCAAGUAUUUAACUAUAUCCGUAGGGACGCAGUACCGUCCAUGGUCAAACAUAAGGAAUGUUUUUUUUUUUUUUUAAGCAAAAAUUAAGGAAUGUCUACCCUACCAAUUUAGCUAAUAUCAAACAGUGAUGCACAGAGUAUUAAAAUGUCUACCGUUUUAAUGUCUCUUCAUAACAAGAGAAGAGCUUGUCAAUGUUUGUAUCCGAUGCAUGGGAUUGGCAUUACAACCCACUGUAAUGGUCAGUCAAUAGCCACAUGGAUAUAUGUAACUGAUAGUGUUCAACCAAUUGAAACACUGCCUCAAGCGUAACUCAUUUUCCUUUGGAUUGUUUCUUUUCUGUGCAAUGCAGAGAUUUAAGAUGACUUGCAAAGGGUGCAUCAUUGGUCGGUGUGUAAAAAAAAAUGCUUUUUAGUGUUCAAUGGUUUUUAAUUUGUUGUUUGGUCAAAAUUGUUACUUUUCUGUUAAAGAAAAUCAUUAAUUUUUGAAUAAACAAGCUUAUGUAAAAUAAAGAUUGCUAUAUUUAUAACAGGG